ACAAUUUUUGGAAAAGAAAAUUGCAAAGAGAAAAAAAAACACACAGGUGUAAUAAAAAGAGUAAUAAAUAAUAUAAUAUAAAUAAAAUAAAUAAAAAAUGGUUCUAUGUGGUGUUGAAUGUGUACAAAAUAUUGCAAAAUAUUUAAAUGUACCAGUAAAAAAAAUUCAUACAUCUGAAAAUAAUGUUGUUGCAAGUGAUUCAUUGAUUAAAAAUCAAACAGUUGAAGGAUUUAUAACGAUUAUUCAAUCAUUGGUGAAGAGCUCCAAGUGUCAGGAUAUUUUUGGAGCAAAUCAAAUUACAGAAGCACUCACAAUUCAAUGGCUUGAAUAUGCAAUUUUGUAUAUAAAUUAUGCUGAUAUUCCAGUUAAUGCAAAACGUGUUCUCAAGGAAUUAAAUGUUGCAUUAAAAAGCAACACUUACAUCACAGGAACAAACAAAACAAUUGCAGAUAUUGCUUUGUAUUAUUCACUGCAUUCAGUGAUGAAUGGCUUGAGUCAACAAGAGCAGGGAACAUAUGUCAAUGUCUCAAGAUGGUUUGACAAUAUCCAACAAGAAGAAAAAUUAAGAAACAAAUUAAAUAUUGUAAAUUUUGAUUUGAUGCAUUUAUAUAUUUAAUAAAUUUUAUUAAAGGAAAAUU